UCGAAUGCUGGGUUCCAUUAUGUUAAGCUUAAUUUUUUUAUUAACAUUGACGUUUUGCGAAACGCAAGAUAAACCUAAGGAAGUUAUCUACACAAUUUCCAUUCGAGCCCUGUCAGAGCUUCGGGAAAUUGAGAAUUCCUAUAUGGAGCAUUUGACAAACUAUGUUAACUUUCUAAAUCAAAAAGUCGAAAGUCUUCGAAUGUUUAUUAACUCAGUGAAACAUAAGAAUCUUCUUAGUAAGGCGGAUCGCUUUCAAUAUGUGUCCAAUCCACUUAAUUCGUUGGGACUUGUGAGGAGAGCUCAUGAAGAUUGGCCCAAGUUGAUUGCUUACAUCAGAGAUUCAGAUUCUGCGAAAGUUGAUGUUGAGGAAAUGCAUAAACUCGUAAAUCGAACCCCCAUCGCAGAGGAUAUGCAAGAGGCCUUUUUGGGAAUGGAUAGGAUAGAGCACUUUUAUGGACUGAAGUCAUCAGAUAUGGUCAAGGGUCUUCUAGCUGGCUAUCAACUGCAAAACCGAAUGUCUGCUCCCGAUUGCCUAGCUAUAGGAGAUUAUUUGUACAAUAGAUCAGAAUUUAGAAGGAGUGCCCAGUGGUAUCGAUUAGCCUUGAGUGUUUUCAAAGAGCCUCAGAACAGUGUUGCUCGUCAGUUCUAUCUUCCAAAACAAGAGGAGCUACGAAGAAAAUUUGUUAUAUGUCGGCUCCAAGAGGGUUCCGUCGACAGCUUGAGUCAAUAUCUCAAGGAACUAUCUGAGGACCCAGGGAUUCCACUGGUCCACUUAAAGCCAAAAGAAGCUAUUACUGCCACUGAACGGGGCUGCAGGGGAAAGUUUCCACCAAAUCCUCAACUGGUGUGUCGCUACAAUAGAACCACAACACCAUUUAUGCGAAUAGCUCCCCUUAAGGAGGAGGAGAUCAGCAGGAACCCGCUUAUAUGGCUAUAUCACGACGUGAUCUACGACAGGGAGAUCGCUCAACUGACGAACUUGACGCAAGAUGAGAUGAUCCAGGGCACUACGGAUAAUUACACAACUCCAGACCAGAUAAUUCGUCUUUUUCACGUCAAAGUCACCGAAGACGAUGGUGGAAAAUUGGAUAAGACUUUGGUAAAUCGCAUGGCGGAUAUAUCGGGUCUGGAUGUUGGCAAUACAACUUCUUUGGCCAGGAUCAAUUAUGGCCUGGGUGGCUAUUUCCCAGAGCACAGCGAUUACAAGGAUCCGAGACUUUAUCCGGAACUGAAUGAGGAAGGUGAUCGACUUAUGACCUUCUUGUUCUAUAUGACCGAUGUACCAGUGGGUGGGGCCACCAUUUUUCCUUCAGCCCAACUUUCCAUACAGCCGAGGAAAGGUUCCGCCCUGUUCUGGUACAAUCUACACAAUAAUGGCGAACCAAAUCCCUUGACCAGACACUCCGUUUGUCCCAUGAUAUUGGGCAACCGAUGGGUUUCAGUCAAGAGCAUGCUGAACUAUGAGCAAAUGUUCACGAAGCCCUGCUACAGGUAGCAAAAUAUUUUAAAUAAAACCACCCUGUUUUUUAAAGCUACA